UAGACCAAAUCUGAUUUAUUUAUUUUUGCUUUUAUGUUGCCGCAGGAGCUAAUACUCAGUGAAACAGAACAGAUUAAUAUUCAGCAGGUUGGUUUGGUUAUUAAAAAUAUUAUGUUUAGCUUCCAAAGUCUCUUAGCUUUUUAUAAAUGAUUUUGAUUAGUGUUCCUCUAUUCACUUAAUCGAAACAUGACUUCUUCUUUUUUCAAACAGGGCCAAGCCAGUUAUAUGCAAACAUUGAAGAGACAAGCUAAAGUAGAUAGCGGCAAACGCAUGUCAACCAAUUUUGUAAUUCGAAGAGACCCUACAGGUCAGUGCAUCUUUCGACCUAUUCCUUUUAAAGGAAUGAGAAAGGUUCGAAAGCAUGUUGAUGAUGAUGAAGGUUGGUCUGGUGGUUCCAAGAAAGUCAAAGUUAGAGGACUUACUUCUUCUUCUGGUGAUGGAGAUAGUCUAUCUUACCCAUUUGAAAAUGAAACUACCAUUCGUAACAGAGAAAAAGAUCGUUUAAUGCUUGAAAUUUUUGGGCCUGAAAGCACGGAUGAUAGUGAUGAAAGUGGCACUGAAGAAGAAUUCAUGGAGACCAACUUAAUGUCCUUGGUGAGUCUGCAAUGGGGAAAACGUGGGAAACGCAGCAUGCGUAAGGGCACAUGGAAAAGACACAUACUCGAAAAUCAUGUUGGACAACACAAAAAUACUCAAGAUGAGAUGGACAUUCAAGUCUUGCUUGUUUCAAUGGAUGCGUCAGUGAUACCAAAUUUGCAGAAUCCUCAAGUCAGCUGCAAACCUAACGUGACAUUGAAGUCAUUAUGUGAGAUGUACGUUGCUCCUUACGUUGAGGCACAAGCUGAAAAGAUUGAGAUGUAUGUGGUUAAAGAGUUGGUGGCAGAGUUGACAAUGAUUGAUCCCCACAGAGACAGAGUAGAGAUUGUGAACAAGGAAGACAGUGUUGGUGGAUUGAGAAUGUAUAACUUCAACAAUGGAUAUGUGAUUAUUGGAUAUAUGAAGACACCUUAAGAUAAUCAAGAGUGGGAGCAACAAAUUUGGUGGUGGAGGUGGAGACAUCAAACCAUUUACCAAUAAGAAACCACCCAGACUUUAUUUUUCAAAUAUUUUUAUCGACUAUAAAAUGAACACUUUGGUAUUUUAUCGAGACUGGAUUGUUUCAUAUUUUUUCAUUGUAGAACUUAAAUUUCUCUCUUUAUUUGACUAUUUCUUCGACAAAUGUGUUUGUUCUUUAGGUUUUUCAAGGAUUUAACAAACUUUUCGCAUC